AAAAAUCCAAUUUUAAUUGAGAAGUUUUAUCUGUGUGUGUGUGGAUUCGUGUAGAUCUCUGUGUAAAGUGUGUGCGUGUGUGUGACAUACGUGUAUGGAAAAUGCCAAAUUGAAUGAAAACUAAUUGGAAAUUCAUAGAAGAAUAUCACAAAGUUGAUCUUUAGCAAAAGAUACAACAACAGCAACAAGGAGAACGCAUCCUUAGAGGAGAAAGGAGGAUUUGUUUCCUGCAAAAAAGUGACUUUUUUUAAAUAAAAUUAACAAAUUCGUUAAACUGUUUCGUGUGGCAGGGAAUGGUAUAUUUCUUGGGGGAUUGGGGCAUGGGAGAUUCUGACUUGUCGUCAUAUCAGCAACAUGUUCCAAAUAUACAACAUCAACAACAACAACAACGCAUCCAUGGACGUGAUUUACUCCAACAGCAGCAGCAGCAGCAGCACCAACAACAACAGCAGCAGCAGCAGCAGCAACAACAGCAACAACAACAACAUCAACUUGUUGCCCAAAUCUCAACUAGCCUAAGCCAAUUGCAAUCCCAGCUGCAAUUUGCCAGCGGCUCAAGUUUUCUACAAACAUCAGCCACAUCCUCGUCGGCAGCAGCAGCAGCAACAGCAACUACACCGCAACAAAAUGUUGCUGUCGUUGGUCCAAGAGCAACUAGUAGCAGCAGUUUGGUAACUGCUAAUCUUCAGCAGCUAUCAGUGAGCUCCAAUUCAAGCUCUAACUCAAGCUCCAGCUCUAGCUCCGGCUCUGGCUCCAGCAUCAACAACAAUAGCAGCAGCACUUGCAAUAAUACACCAACAGCGGUUGCUGCGGUUAAACCAACAACAACAUCUCAACCACCAACUUGGCUAAGACAAUGCUCGGAAACGGCACAAAGCUCUCAGACCUCCUCGAAGAGUGGCCAACUUGGCAAGGAUCUUUUGGAUAAUGUUGAGGAUGAAGUGGCAGUACACCCGCUAUCCAAUCAGGUUGGAGGACACACUCGCCUUUUGCUGCUCAAUCAGUCGACGGUGAUCAAGCCUCUGAAUUUGCGGGAAUUGGACUUUUAUCAGAACAUUCCGCAGGACAUACUGAAGUUUGUGCCCAAAUACAAAGGCGUUAUGCAAGCAACCAGCAUGGGUGGAGCCAAAUUGGAGAAACGCUAUUCACCCAAUUUCCGUGAGGAGGCAGCGCCGGCGCCAUCGGUUUCCGGCCGUAAGAUGAGUGCCUCCAAGCGUAAACGUGACGAUGUGUUAAGAAUGAAGGUGCACAAAAAUGGCCAAGCAGCCGAUGUUAUUAAAAGUAUUUCUCAACUUGAUAACUCCAAUAAGCAAUAUUUCCUUAUGCUUGAGAAUAUUACAUCGCAAUUCCGUAAUCCUUGCAUACUUGAUCUGAAGAUGGGCACUCGCCAGCAUGGCGACGAUGCCUCGGCCGAGAAGCGUUCCAAACAGAUGGCCAAGUGUGCGGCCAGCACAUCGGGAUCUCUGGGUGUGCGCCUCUGUGGCAUGCAGACCUAUCAGGCCGAUCUGGAGCAAUAUGCAAAGCGUGACAAGUACUGGGGCAGGGAGCUGAACGAGGGAGGCUUUAAGCAGGCUCUCCAUGAUUUCUUUUACAAUGGUUUUCGCUUGAGGAUUCGAGUGAUCCGCAAGAUUCUACAGCGUUUGCUUCAACUGAGAAGAGUUAUUGAGAAGCAAUCUAGCUAUAGAUUCUAUUCCUGCUCUCUCUUGAUUGUCUAUGAGGGUUUCGAGGAGAAUCCCAUGGCUCAUCCACCGGCUAUGGAUUCGGAGGACUGGCUGGAGGCACCGAAAUCGGCAGCCAGCUUGGCCACAGGCCCGGCCUUUGAUUAUCAUCCCGAUAAUAGCAUAGAUGAGGAUGAUAUUGAGGAUGAGGAUGAGGCGGGUCAUGAUGCAGGCGAUGAAUUGGAGCCGCAUGAUACCGAUGAUGAUUUGCAUUUGGUGGCUGCCGACAGUGGCAAUGCAUCGGCCACUAAUAGCAGCACUGGUGGAGAUGCCUGCAAUUAUGAUGCGGAUGCGUCCAACGAUUCCAAUUCGCGUCUAAAUCUGGCCACUCGUCGUCAUCUCCAUAAGCGUGGCUUUGCUGAGGCGGCAGCUCGUGGGGUUAAGCAAAGUUCCACAACCACCGACGAGGAGGAGGAGGAGGAGGAAGAAGAGGACCAACAGCAUGGUCAUUCGUCGCAUCCAGUAGCCAUGCCACCUCCACGCACUUGUGGCGUUAUGGCUGCCGCCACCAAGGCUGCUUCGCCAAGGUCUGCUGCUGCUCAGCAGGGCAAGGGCCAGGGCCAGGCCAAUAGCCAACAGAGCACACCUGCAUUCAUUCCAAUUUCCGAAGAGACAGUAUUCCUGGAUCCAGAGCCAGCAUUGCCCAGCGUGACGACCUCAUCGCCACAUUCCGGUGACUCGUGGAUGAACUAUAGCAGCAAUAGUAGCGAUGACUUCUCCGGCCUGUCGGAGCAAAUCAAAGCUGUUGCCAGUGGCCGCCAGACAUGCAACAAUAGCUCCGAUGAUGCCAGCUCUGAUUACGAGGGCAGCAUUAUGGGACCCACUGAGGCCAUGUUCAAGCGCUACAAGUCCCAGCAAUCGUUUGAUGCAGCCAGCAAUGGAGUCGAUCUGCAGCCUGCCAACAUCAACACCAGUGUCAAAUCUCUGGUAUCACCCGCCUCUUCAAGCGCCUCAUCCAUCAAAUCGGUGAAAGGAGCAGCCAAGCGUUUGCGUUGCAAGGACGACGACGAACACUAUGCGGCUCAGGAUGGCGACUGCGAGUCGCAUGAGGCCAAAAAGUCCACUAUUAAUUCAACGCCAGUGUCGGCAGUCUCCUCACCCUCGAAGGCCUCCACCUCCUCCACAACUGGUGGAACAGGAACCGGAUCCGGCGGCGGUGUGCAAAAGACUUAUGAGAAUCUAACCAAUUCUAUGUUAGCUGGCAUGCUCCUGGACUCUUUAGAGGGCGAAAAUAAUAAUAGUAGUGGAGUCGCAGCGCCACGUAAUGCUGCUCUGCAGGCUGGCUCCAAAUCCCUAGACAUGUCGGCACCACCCACUGAUGAUUCGCGGUGCUUUGUAGACGUACGGCUAAUUGAUUUUGCCCAUACAGCUUUCGUUCCACGCAAUGGCAGCAUGCUACCCACUCCCAGCGGUGCCCCAGUACAUCAUGGGCCCGAUGGCGGAUUCAUCACUGGACUGGACAGUCUCAACCGUUUACUGAACGAAAUUCUAGCCGAGGAGAGGCUCUAAAUGCAAUAGCACGAACACUGGAGAACGGCGGCGAAAUCGUUAGUUGGCUGGUAUGGGAUGAAAUGGGGACGGGAUGAUAAGUUUAAAGUACAAUUUGAUUUCAAAAUACCUAAAUUGUUGUUGCAACAUAUUUUAAAACAAAACAAAAAAAAAGUAAUCUAAUAAUCUAUAGAAAUUCGAAAUGUGAUUGAACAAAACAACAAAAAAAAAAAAAAAGAAAUGAAAAACCGCAAAAAAAAAUAUAUAUUUAAAGAAAAGCCCUUUUAAAACCAACCAGGAAAAGAAAUUUACGAAAAAUUCCCCUGAUUUUUAGAAGCAUUUGCUAAAAAAAAAACAACACAAAAGCAAAAGAAAAAG